AUGAUUGCUGGGGAUGGAAGCUGUUUGGAUGAUGUAGCACAAAGAUGCUGUGAAAUUGAUGCUCCAUACAGAGAACAUUUGUUUGUUUAUGCCAGAGAACUGCAAUUUCUAACCACAACUUUUUCAAAAACUCUCCCUCCGGUUCCCCCGCCCCCAAUCCCAGCCCUUCCUCGCCACGAGCCGCAGGCCCAAAAGCUUCUCCAUCCACCGCCCCCAAAGCUUCUCCUCCCGGCGCCUCUGCCCCCGCCGCUGCCAACGCCUCCGCCCCCUCCGCCGCCAACGCCUCUGCCCCAGCCUCUGCCCCCGCCGCGGCCAACGCCUCUUCCCCCACUGCCUCUUCUCCAACCGCCACUGCCCCCACCGCCAAAGACGCCUCUUCGCCCACCGCCAAAGACGCCUCUUCUCCCGCCUCUUCCCCCACCGCCACCGCACCAAAGGCCUCCACUUCUCCGGCGUCUUCUCCACCGUCUCCUUCUUCCUCCUCCUCACCUACCGAAUCCCCAACCGAAUCUCCCCCCGCUCCCGACGCCGCCGAUUCCCCUGAUACCGCAGCCGACGCCUCCAUUCCCGCUGCCGCAGCCGAUGGACCCGCGGACGGUCCCGCUGCAGAGGCUCCCGUCAGCUUCGCCCCCCACCGCAGAGUCUCCACCGCCGGAGCUGUCGCCGUGGUGUUGCUCGGCGCCGUGGCCGGGUUGAUGGUGUAGAGAUCCGUCAGUUUUGUAUGGUUAGGGUUUACUUUUAUCGUUGGUACGAGGUUGUGUGGAGUUGGAGUUAGAAAGACAGCGAAGAUUUGUUUUUAUUAUUGUGAUUCUUAUUAACGUCGUGUUGAUAGUGACUUUUGGGAGAUCUUCAUUAGGGUUCUUGUACUCUCUGAAACUGAUACUACCAUCAUAUUAUUUA